AUGCAUGAAAUGCCAACAGGGCCAGUGUUGGCCAUUUACUAUCCCAUCAUUUCAGUGAUCGGAGUUCCAGCAAACUUUGCAGUGAUUAUUAUACUGUCUCGAAGAAGAUGCGGUCUCUCUCGAUGUAUCACCAAUUACCUGGUAUCCAUGGCGGUCACAGAUUUCCUUGUCGUGGUUACAGCUGUAAUCUUAAACCGGAUUGCUGGGAUUUAUUUUCCAUACAGUUUCCUUUCCAUCACACCAGUCUGCAGCUUUCGUUCUGCCUUAAUUUAUGCAGCACUGGAUAGCUCCGCAUGGUUAACAGUUGCUUUCACCUUUGAUCGAUUUGUUGCUAUUUGUUGCCAGAAGAUGAAAAUAAAAUAUUGUACUGAGAAGAUUGCAACCCGGGUUAUAUUAUUCCUGUCUGCACUGAGCUGUGUAAAAAAUGCUUGUUUUUACUUUGCAUUUGAACCUAUUUACAUAAUUAACAAAGUACCUUGGUUUUGUGAGAUUAAAGCUAUGGUUUAUACAGAGGCUGCUUGGGCUGCAUUCGAUUGGAUCAGGUCUACUUUAAACCCAUUUCUCCCGUUCAUUCUCAUUUUACUGCUGAAUGCUCUGACUGUCAGGCACAUUCUCGUGGCUAAUAGAGCCCGCAAGAGACUCCGGGCUCAGAACAAUGGACAGAACCACAAUGACCCAGAGAUGGAGAAGCGGAAGAAGUCCAUUGUUUUAUUGUUUGCUAUUUCAGGCAGUUUCAUUCUUUUAUAUUUAUUAUUUUUUACAACAAUUCUCUAUGUACGAAUUGCAAAUGUUCCUUAUCCGUCAGGUUCUGAUUUCAAUAACCCCACAUUUCUUCUCCAGGAAAGCGGAUAUAUGCUUCAGUUUUUGAGUUCCUGUAUCAACCCAUUUAUUUAUGCUGGGACGCAAAAUAAAUUCAGAGGAGAGUUAAAGAAGGGCGUGAAAUAUCCACUGAUGCUAUUUGCUAAAUUCAUUAAAGUUUGA